UCAGAAACGAUGGUACGAAUAAUCAAGACGGUUGAGCAGAUCGAAGCUGCAGCGCCGGCCAGCUCCCCCUUCUCACCUAACCACAUAAACUUGUAGCUAUCGCCAUGGAAAGCACUUCCCUUUUUGAAUUGACAACGCACGCACAAACAUUCUCAAUCUAGCCAGCAACCAGCCUAAUCACGCCCUCGCUUUCAUCUGUAUAAAUUGCGAGGCAUUGACACAUGUUCCUACAUCGCAGCAGAGCAGAACAAGCAUCUUGCAAUCACCUACCACAUACGAGAAAAAAAAACUCUCACUAGUACCUACCUACCUAGCCGUAGCCAUGGCUUCCAACGCGAGCAUGUUGGUCAUGACCAUGGCGUGCGCGCUCCUCCUUGUCGGCAGCACAUGCCACGCUGCCCGCAACCUGGCCGACACGACGCCGGCGGCUGCAGCUCCGGCUGCUAGCGCCGUCCCUGGCCUGCCAGCCGUGCCCACGGACACGGUCACCCUGAUGCCACCAAUGCCGUCGGUCACCCUGCCCACCGUGCCGCAGGUGACGCUGCCGCCCAUGCCCUCCGUCGUCGUGCCCAAGGCGGUCCUGCCGCCCAUGCCCAAGGUCACCCUCCCCACCAUGCUGCAGGUGACGAUGGCGCCGAUGCCCGCGAUUGUCGUGCCUAAGGUGGCGCUGCCGCCGUUGCUGUUCGUCCCGAAUGUGAACGUGCCUAUGCCGUUCGCGGCCGUGCUCUCGUCCUGUCCACGCGCGAUAGGGCCCCGUUCAUGUGAGAUUGGGGCCAGGUCACUCAGUGGACACGACAUACAUUUUCCUACAUGCAAGCUUUGUGUUUUAUAUGCGAUGUAUCAGUUGAGGGUUGUCCCAUUGUAUGUAUUUCGUGUUUUUCCUGCAUACAAUUUUCUAUUUACAGUAAGUUAUUCUCCUUUUGUUUGGAAUUAGAUUACGCUCAAACAGAGUGCUAGAUACAUCCAUUUGAGCGUCAACUAAUUCCGGGUGAAGGAAGUACUUGUCUUGCAUAACUGAGUUAAAGAGUGAUGGUAUAUCAUCUCUUCAGGGGAAUCAAAGCCCAUACCGAGCACUAUUCACCGUCUGACUGUGAAAAUGAAGCUGGACAACAACGAGUGCAAAGCUACAAGAUUCUGAACAAUAAGAUGAGAUUAGCACGCAGCUAUGGUAAACGUAUUUUCUAGAUGUACCAAAGCUAACUAAGACAGCAUCAAUGAAUCACCAAAGUCAAGGAAAAAAUGAAUGUACAGACAGCAAAUUUGGAAGAAACAAUUAUUUCCUUUUGUUUCUUCUCGAUGCCAUGGUUGCCCGUGAGAUGGGGAGGCCAUUUUUUAUAUACUAGCAAGGCUGACUCUACCUCUACCCCACCGGCCCAAGUGUAUUCAAAGAACUUCAUGUGCUUGGCUAUGCAAAGUCAAGGUAAUCAAGUGAUAAAAAAACCAACCCCUCAAAACAGAAGUGAUAAAAAACCAGAUUCUCAAAAAGAAAAAGUGAUUAAAAAAACAAGGUAAUCAAAUGCAUACAAGCCCAUGGAUAUAUAUUCAAUGAUCAUGCCCACUGUGACUAUUUCUCGCCAAAGAAGAGAUUAUGACACUAUAUAUAUAAGUUCAGGAAUUGCAGCAAAGCUCGUAAACGAGUUUACAACAAGAUCCCGCUGCAUUUGCGUGGUUUUACUCCCGGAUGUCACUAGACAGACUGAUCACACAGGAACAGAAAAGCAGUGGGUAAGCAACAGUUGCGGCGUAGCUCAGCCCUGACAUUAUAGCAAGCUCGUCCCAAAAAACUAUUAACUCAUGCUACUAUUCUUGCAGACUAAUGUGAGAUUUGCAAAAAUAGAAAUAAAAAACUAUACAGUUGUGUUGUGUUACUCCACGGUGUCACUGAACACACCAUAAUAACAUAAAUCUUACUGUAUUGUCUUCGAUCUCCUUUAGCCUGCUGCUAAACCAUCAUCGUGGAGGUCUUCCAUACAGUGUGACAGGAUAACUAUACUGCCGGCAUUUGACGAAAAAGGGAAAGAUGCAGUCUACACAAAGUACCUAUUCUGGAUGGAGGCAACAAAUUUAUCUAAUCCAUUUCAGCUACAGUAAUUCAUUAGCUCGCACUCGGCGCGAGUGAGGUCCUGGACAGUUUAUCGCCCAUCGGUGCUGGAUGAAUGUUGCCACCAGAGCGACAACAGUGGCAGCGACUUCGAGCAGCAGAGCCGAGAUGACGCCGGCUUUUGAGGAAGAAUUAUCAUCAGCCAAUACUGCCAGAACACCAUGCGACGUUCUCACCUAAUUGCUCAACCAUCAGCGGAAUCCU